AUGGCAAUGCUUCUUGCUGCAAUAACAAAAUCCGACUGGGCCCGAGCCUUACUGCUUGGGGCUGACUCCCGGCUUCUCACGUUUACUCUCUUGCUUGCUGCGCCCCUGGCAGGACUUUCACAUGCGUGGAGAAGCGCGUUAUCCCGAUGGACAGAUGACCUGGGCAUUGAGGAUCACAGGUACGCUGCUCUGCCUCACAUUUACUUGAAUACAAGUUUUCAACACGCCUUUCACAUGCGGUCUGACUGCUUUUUCCUUUGCAGGCAGUACAACAACGUUGAGGCUGCUCCCCACACCUGGUCCUUCUACGACGCCGGAUCUCUCCACAAGCAAACAGGCACCUUCGCUUCGAGGCGCCGCACACUCUACAACUGCAUCGCCGGCUUCCUCUUCAAUGGCUUGGGUGUCGACACCAACAACGACCAGUCCGGCAGGUCCACGGGACGACGGGAUCUCUGGGCUCGCGUUGAAGAACACCUCGGAGCUGAGUCCGUGCAGUAUUACCAGCGCCGGGUCGCCCCCACAACUUGCCAGGGACGCCCAGAUGCGCCCUGUUCCUGGCACCCCACCCAGAGCGGCGCCGCCGCCAAAGUGAAUCCAGCUCAAGGUGUGUUUCGCUGCCCCCUUUGCUCUGCAGCGCAGAUGCAAGCGUUACAUCGAACAGCACGCGGAAAGCAAGCCCUCACUCUACGAUUGAAGCAGCUUCUGGCCCUCCGGUCCACUGAUGUCCUCCGGCUGUGGGCUCUGGUCGAGGAACAUCUUGGUUCAGCCGCCUUGACGUACUACAAGGGUCGUGCCGGCGCAGAGCCGAGGAAGACUUUACAGCAACAGUGGAAGGAGGAACUCAAGCUCCGCCAUUCCGUCCACGCUCUGCCCGACCAGGAGGGGCAGCGUGUCUGGAGGGAGCGUGCCCGGGAGGAUGGGGCGCGGCACUUCGAGUUCUGGGCCCGCGAAGCCUCCUGGUUCAUGUGCACAGAGUGUCAUCGGCUGGAGCCUCGGCCGUUCCACCAGUCCAGCCACGACAAGAACACCCAGCUCCGAGCUCGCCAGAAAAAGUGCAAGCACUGCGCCCGGGGCAUUGGCUACAAGGCACCCAGCAUCAGCGACAUCCCGGAGCCGCUUCGAGAUCUCACGGCUACUGCUUUGUGGGCCCUGCGUCCCAUCGAGAUUGAUGUGGGGGAGUACCGCCGCGGGGACUACGGCUACCGCAUCACACGGACGUGGAAAGAGCACACGCAAUUCUUCCGUCUGCGCCCCAGCUACUCGGCCUACCUGUCCUUCGUGGCGCAGCACGAUCUGUUCUUGGCCCAGACUGGUCCGCAACCAGACAAGUCGGCCCGACGCCUGCCGGUCCGCUUCCUGGAAACUCUGGGACUGGAGACUGCUCUGUGGCCCCACCUUUACCCAGCGGUCGCCCUCUGCGAGACUUUUGUGCGGCUGGAGGAUGGGCGUCGGGUGGCGCGCGAACGCAGUGACAUGCGGGCAGCACAUGCUCAGCGCCAGCAAGCACAGCGGCGACAAGCCAGCCAUGCGGAGCCCCAGAUUUCAGACACAGAGGACGAGGAAUCUGGGUCAGACGUUCAAGGGGAGAGAGCGGAAGAAGAGGAGGACGACAUGGA